CCUCUCUCUCUCGCCAUCCAACUAGAGCUCUGUCUCUUCCUAGCAUGGAGGGAGAGGAGGGAAGAAAGUAAAGAAAGAGAGAUUGGGAACUAGAGAAUGACAUAAGAACACGAGUACGACAUGGUCAGCAUCACCUUGUCAGCUUGUGCGCCUUCGUUCAACAGAAUCACCACAAAGGAUUCAAAAGGGCAUUUUGUUCAUUUUGUUAUUCCUUGACCAAUUUCUGACUUCAUCUCUUGGUCUUUUGGAUGUUUGAUAUUACAUCUUUUUUUAAACAUUACUGGAGUUCCCAAUUUAUUUAAGGAGGACGGAAAGUAAAGUAGAUGUGCCAUGUGCUACCUUACCUAUGGUACUGUAGGGUCCUGUGGGUAAACAACUGUACUGACAGAGCACGCUGGUUUUCAUGCUGCGUAGGUUUGAAAACCGUCCAAUCUUUAUGCACCUGGGACAAUGUGGAUUGUAUGGACAGUUUGAUUCAUAUCCGAAAAGACAGACAGACAGACUGGGGGACUAAUCAACAGUGUCGGCCGAUGGUGACUCAUUCAAAGACAACGUACUUGGCUAUUCUUCAGGAUGUACUAUGGGAAAAAGACGUCUAGACUACUAAACUUAAAGCCAGACCAACCAGUCUGCUGUGGAGCUCCAAGAAGACCCAGAGACACCUCAGUCACACCACUAGUAAACACUGGCACAUGAUUAUUGAUGUGAGCAUCGUCUGCCCAGCCACUGUAGAUUGGACACAGUCUCUUGAGUGGGGCCAUGAAUGCAAGAUCACACUCACACCCUCUCUCCUUUUGUCCUUCUCUCUCUCUCACACACACACAAACUCACACACACACUCGCUCUCACACACGCAACAGCCCUCAGAAUGAGAGGUGACAAUAAGACUGGACUGAGCCAGACCCGAGGGCAUCAGCCUUAGCUUCAACACCACCCCCUGACUCCUGACCCCUGAAGACCCAGGACCCAGACAGCCCAUCACAGACAUCCCUGGACUGAUUAAUAACAGCAAUAGACAACCCGUCGUUCAGGAGGACCAGGGGACUAACAGCAUAAUAAGGGGAUAUUAUCUGGAGUAGCAGCUGAGGCCCAGGGCUGAGAGAGGUCUGUGGAGGUCUAUAGGGGUCUAGCAGCAGCAGCUAGUGGCCUAGACACCAUGCUGGGUGAGAGAGACAGAACAGCGGAAGGGGUGAGGGGUGCAGUGGUGGGGUGCCUUCCCACAGGUACCAUGAUGGAGAAACUGAACCCCCCCUCUGCCUCCCCUCCCUCUGACCCCCUAUCGGAGUCUGAACGACUGAGCCCUCAGCAGGCCCCCUCACCGGCUUCACUUGACGCUAGCAGCCCACCGCCGGUUAAUGAACCAGGGAGUUUGGAAGACAGGUUUGUCCCACCUAGCCCCCCUGCCUCCCCUCCUCCACCUCCAGAGUCCCCUACCAAGUUGCUUGACCACCCUGCCGCCACCAACAUCGCACCUGAACCACCGGUUGCCAUGGAAACAAACAACACCAAGGGAGGAGGUUUCAUUCGCUCCUCUCCGAAAGCCCCCUCCUCCUCUCCGCCUCCCCUCCUCCCAGCCCCAGUGUCUACAUCCACUACCCCUGCCGUCCUCCCCCAAUCCUCCUCCUCCUCUUCUUCCUCCUUUUCCUCUAUUGCCCCCCUCCCUCCCCACAUCCCUGUUAUUAGUCUGGGACACAGUAAACCCCCCCACCCCCUCUCCCUCCCCAGUAACACCCCUCUAACUACCCUGCACCCCAUCCCCAACCACCCCCACCACCAUGACCCUUACCACCACACCCACCACCACGGGGGCAUCCGCCUCACCCAGCUCACCUCCCUGUCAGGGACCAGACCAGGGGCCCCACCGAUCUCCUCACAGGGCCCCCUGCUGCCCCACCAGUACCUGCCAUCACACCACUUCUUCAACAGUUCUCAUCUCUGUCCCUCUGGUAACUAUGGAAUCUUUUCCAGUAGAAGCAUCAAGAGACGGCCCUCCUCACACUAUGAGUUGGAUCUCAGUGAUGUGGGCCCUCCUCAGAAGCUGGCGAGGCGUGUGUUCACCAACAGCCGGGAGCGCUGGCGCCAGCAGAACGUCAAUGGGGCCUUCUCAGACCUCCGCAGGCUCAUCCCCACCCACCCUCCGGACAAGAAGCUCUCCAAGAAUGAGAUCCUCCGCCUGGCCAUGAAGUACAUCGACUUCCUUGUCACCCUGCUCAACGACCAGUCUCAAGACAAAGCCAGGGGCUCGCCUGAGGAGGAGACCCAUGAUGAGAGGGCCCAAGCGGGGCUGAACAACAAGGAUAUGCACCCACUUUUCCAGGGUGACACUCCCUCUUCAACUAUGGUCCACCACGACAGAGGAGACUCCACAGACUCAUCGAUCGCCUUGGCAACCUCCCCGACCUCCAGUUGCUAUAGCAACACAGACAGCGAGGAGAACCUGGGGGGCGGGGCUAAGAGCUCGAUGGUGGUGCCCCGGGGCAUUCCGGGAAAGGUCAAAGGUCAGAUUCGGACUGUGGUGACACUUGCCAGUGACCAGCGGUGACAUGACAUGUGACGUCACAAAGAGGACAAAAUUGAAUACCUGGUAGUAAAUAAUAUCCGACAAACUGACGGAAAGGACAAAAAUGUACAGUAUACUUACUACUCUACCAGCAAUCUUUGAAACUUGUGGAAUCGA